UUGUUAUUUUUUGGUUUUUUUUUUAAUGUUAAACUUUGUUGAUCAAACCUAUUUUUAAGUUGUAUUCAGCAGUUGCGUUUAUUAUUGUGUUUUAUUAAAUUUAACGCAAUGAAUAUGUUUUAGUUUGUUCUAUGUCGAUGAUAUGUAGUGCCAGCUCUUGAGUUUUUAAUUUAUAUUAUUGUGUUAAUUAUUUAACUUGUUUGUUGUUUAGUUAUUUAUGACAAGCAAACGCGUUAAAUCGAUCAAUGAAAUGGUUGUACCGAGGAAUAAAAACAAAAUACUCUGCUCAACACCAGAACAUAGAAAUGAUUCACCAUCAAGAGACAGUGACUCCUUAUGUGAUUCAGAUUCUGCAAGUCCAGUCCCAUUUCUAUGUACCCAAGAUGGCACUGAAGGGGAAACUGAUGUCAUAUGGAACCAUUACACACCAAAAUCUGGCAACAGAGCACAUGCUAAGAACACAACACCACUCAGUAGAAGAUCUAAAAAAUCUUUAAGGCCCAAAGUAUUAGAAAAACCAAUACCUAAAAGAAGAGCUAUUAGACCUUCACAAAAGAAAAAUGCACUCCUACAAGAACUCGUAGAAUUGAAUAAAAAUUUGCAUGAAAUAAUAGGUAAUAAAUCAGAAAAAAACACUAUACCAGAAAGAGAUGACUCUGAAGAAGAUAUAUUUAGAGAUGUACAAGAGUUUUCUCCGAAAAGCGGUUUGAGAAAUAAUAAUUGUUUAAGAAAAAAUCUUUUAAGUUCCAAAUUUUCUAAACCUGAGCCGGAAGCUUUAGAUUCAGAUGAUUCAAUGAAUGAAUGUUUGUUGAAAGCAACACAGGUGAUUGAAGAGAAUAUAUUAAAAGAUGAUAAAAAGUCGAAAAGUGAUGUUCCUAGUAACAAAAGUAAAUGUGCAAACUCAUCAUUUUUCAAAAUAGACCAGGAUUCUAUGGAUGCAAUACUUAAUAGUAUAAAAUUUGACUCGCCAGUUGCAAAACGAGUCAAAAGGUGUAAUUCUCCACAACUUGUUAACGAUUCAUUUGAUGGUUUUGUUGGUAAUUUAAAUGAUAGUGCUUUAGAUAGACUUACGCAAAUGCCUUCGAAAAUAAGGACACCACGGCCAGAGUUGAAGACUGAAAAAUCAAAUGAACUACAAUUAGAUUUCAAUGGUUCAUUUUCUAAAUCAUUUAGUCGUCAUAGUUCUAUGCCAGAAUCUCCUUCUAUAGCGCAAGUUAAUAAACCAUCAACAAGUGGUAUGGCUUUAGGAAGAUAUAGUUCAAUGCCAAUGGAUAAAAAUCAAAUGGAUCCAAGUGAUUCCCCAAUACGAUGUACACCUGAUGAAAUUAAAAAGAAACAUCAGAUAGCAAGAGAAAAGCUACUUGCGAAAAGACAGUUACCAUUUACAUUGCCAUGUUCAACAUUACCUUCAAUACCAGAACAAACUAUAUCAAACAAGUACAAAUUCCAACCAAAAGUUCCUACUGAGAAAGCAUUUAUUAAUUCUAAAAGUGUAAUUAAACCUAAUUGUGGUAAUUCUUUAGUGUCAAAUCAAAGGAAUAACACCGAUACAGAUAUAAAAUCAAUUAUUGAGAAAAAACGACAGGAAGCAUUAAUGAAAUUAAGACAGCGUAAACAGACUCAGGCCAAAACACAAUUGUAACACUUUUUGUGUUCUAUUUUAAGCAUUUUUUACAUCAUAUCAAGUGUUAAGGGACUUGUUUUAUCUUUAUUUUAUGAGGUAUCAGUUUUUGAUCCUGCCAUGCCAUAAUAUAUCUACAAUUAUUAUAAGUGUUAAUAUUAAUAAGUGUAUGAAAAUGUGAUUAUACUUUUGCAUUAAUAAUUAUUACUAUGAUUUUUGCAUAAA